AUGCCUCCGCCACUCACUUCCACCUCUGACAGCACCAAAUCGGCUACGAUUGAUGCUCCAGAGUUGAUGAAUAAGCAUAGCGAGACAGCUACCAAUGCAUCAGUCAAAGACGAAGGACCAGCCAAGCCUGGAGGCCCUCCAGGUCCGUCGGGCCCGCCCGAGAACCAGUCUACCCUUAGAGUUGUCUGUCUGAUCGUCUCGGCUUUCGUUGCUAUGUUCCUGGUCGCGCUGGACAGAACAAUCAUCUCGACGGCCAUACCCAAAAUCACCGAUGAAUUCAAUUCCUUCAACGACGUUGGCUGGUACGGAAGCGCCUACUUGUUGACAUGCUGCGCAUUCCAACUCUUGUUUGGCAAGUUGUACAAGCUCUUUUCCGUCAGAAUCGUCUUCCUUGCCAGUAUUCUAGUCUUUGAGGUUGCCUCUGCUAUCUGUGGAGCGGCUCCGAAUUCAGUCGCCUUUAUAGUCGGAAGAGCGAUCUGUGGAGUCGGCGCUGCUGGUAUCCUCGCUGGAACUAUAAUGUGCAUCAUCCAUUCCGUGCCUCUCCAGAAGCGUCCACAAAUUCAGGGACUGUUCGGCGCCCUUUUCGGCAUUGCCUCUGUCGUGGGUCCAUUGAUUGGCGGCGCCUUUACAUCCAACGUGACAUGGAGAUGGUGCUUUUAUAUCAAUCUGCCAAUUGGUGGCGCCGCCAUGGUCUUCAUUGCCUUCUGUCUCAAGGUCCCCAAGCAAGAUACAGCAAAGGUCUCCUGGGCCGAGAAGUUGCUACAACUGGAUUUCUUUGGCACUACAUUUCUGGUGUCUGGCGUGGUCUGUCUCAUAUUGGCACUUCAGUGGGGCGGCCAGACGUAUCCUUGGGACAGUGGCCGCAUCGUGGCUUGCUUGGUUCUCAUGGGCGUCUUACUUCUUUCAUUUGUCGCCGUCCAGGUCUUCCUUCCAAAGACAGCAACACUUCCAGUACGCAUCUUUUCGCAGCGCAGCAUCAUUUCAGGGUUCUGGCAGACACUCUGCGUCGGCUCUGGAAACUAUAUAUUUGUGUACUUCCUCCUAAUCUGGUUCCAAUCCAUUAAGGGCAGUUCCGCCGUGGAAUCCGGCAUCCGCCUGCUACCUAUGAUGAUAUCAAUGGUUGUGGGCUCAAUCAGUGGUGGAAUCACAAACUCCAAGAUCGGAUACUACACUCCACUAGCGAUCAUCGGGUCCUGCAUCAUGUCCGUCGGAGCCGGUCUCCUCACCACCUUCCAGGUAGACACCGGCGAGGGAAAGUGGAUCGGCUAUCAGAUUGUCUACGGACUUGGUCUGGGCUUAUGUUUCCAAGUUCCCAAUCUCGCAGCGCAGACCGUCCUUCCGAAGCCCGACGUGCCAUCUGGACUAGCACUGAUGCUGUUCGGUCAGCUGAUCGGGGCAGCCGUCUUUGUCUCCGUUGGGGAGAAUAUCCUGGCUAAUCAACUCGUGAAGAGACUUUCCGGGCUGCCGGGGUUCAACGCCCGUCUUGUUACUUCCGGGGGUGUCACCAAGCUGCUGAAUAAAAUGCCUGCGGAUCUGCACGACACGGUCCUUCGCUCUUACAAUGAAGCGCUACAGAAUGUGUUUCAGGUCGGUUUGAUUAUCUCAUGUCUGACACUACUGGGUGCGGCUACUCUGGAGUGGAAGAGUAUCAAGAAGGGACAGCCAAAGCCCGAUGCCGAGAAUAAUGGGCUGGCUGGAGAGGAGAAGACCGCAGAAGCAGCAGGUGGUAAAUAG